GCCUCCCUAGUAACACUUUAUAAUCCCGUGCUAACAUUUUCUCAGAUGUUCAGAAUCCUAAGAGUACUGCGGAAUUUUCCCGGGGAUGAGGAGAUACUCCCUUGGCAGCCCGUUCUGGGGCAGGGAGUAGGUAGAGUGAAUAAGAACCAUCCCUGUCUGUUGACGAUGGACAGGUGAUCUGCCCAUUACUAGCUAACGGUCAGUGCUGCAAAGGCCCCAAGUGCAGGCCUGGGAAGCACUGUGGGGUUCGCCAGCCACAGCCUGGGUACUUUUCACCGCCAGACUUUGGAUUGGCUUGGAAGGGUGAAGAGAUUUCUUCUGACAGGAUAGAACGGACAGAAAAGCUUGUGCGCAGAGAGCGAAUUUUGCUGUGUUUGGGGCACAAAGAUGGGAUAGAAAAAGGAGCAUGAGUUUAGGCAGGACAGCCCAGCUGGCAAACAUACUGUCCUGCUAAGGAAAUUGUUAGGAGCAGUUAUUGUGCUCGAAGUGACAGGUAGAAGGAGGCGUUUAUUUUCUAUCAGGGUUAGAAAAAGCAAGGUUCUGCCCACCUCUCUGGGGGAGGAAAAGGCAGUUUUCCUCCUGGGACUCUCAAAAUCGUGUUUACUCCCGCGAAGCCUCCAUUACAGGCCCCGGCAUGUAAAGUAGGCCUUCAGUAUAUACAUAGUGCCUGGUAGUUGUUAACCACACUUACUUGGGUCAGGAAACAGGCUGCUGGUCAGUUAAGACACCUCCUGGGACGUCCAUAUUCCCUGUUGGAGUGCCUGGGUUCAGGCACAGCUUCCAGUUCCAGCCUCCUGCUGAUGCACACGGAGCGUACUUCACAGUCAUCUAGGAUCUUCAGAGUGAAGCUCCCUGUGGGCAGGAUCCACACUUGGAGAGACUAUGGAGCAGUAUACAGCAAAUAGCAAUAGUUCGACAGAGCAGAUUGUUGUGCAGGCUGGACAAAUUCAGCAGCAGCAGCAGGGUGGUGUCACUGCUGUCCAGUUGCAGACUGAGGCCCAGGUGGCAUCCGCCUCAGGCCAGCAAGUCCAGACCCUCCAGGUAGUCCAGGGGCAGCCAUUAAUGGUACAGGUCAGUGGAGGUCAGUUAAUCACAUCAACUGGCCAACCCAUCAUGGUCCAGGCUGUCCCUGGUGGACAAGGUCAAACCAUCAUGCAAGUACCUGUAUCUGGGACACAGGGUUUACAGCAGAUCCAGUUGGUUCCUCCAGGACAGAUCCAGAUCCAAGGUGGGCAGGCUGUGCAGGUGCAGGGCCAGCAGGGCCAGACUCAGCAGAUCAUCAUUCAGCAGCCCCAGACGGCCGUCACAGCUGGCCAGACUCAGACGCAGCAGCAGAUCGCUGUCCAGGGGCAGCAAGUGGCACAAACAGCCGAAGGACAGACCAUUGUCUACCAGCCAGUUAACGCAGACGGCACCAUUCUCCAGCAAGUUACAGUCCCUGUUUCAGGCAUGAUCACCAUCCCAGCAGCCAGUUUGGCAGGAGCACAGAUUGUUCAGACAGGAGCCAAUACCAACACAACCAGCAGUGGACAAGGAACUGUUACUGUGACACUGCCAGUGGCAGGCAAUGUGGUCAAUUCAGGAGGGAUGGUCAUGAUGGUGCCUGGAGCUGGCUCUGUGCCUGCCAUACAAAGAAUCCCUCUACCUGGGGCAGAGAUGCUUGAAGAAGAGCCUCUCUAUGUGAAUGCCAAACAGUAUCACCGUAUUCUUAAGAGGAGGCAAGCCCGCGCCAAACUAGAGGCAGAAGGGAAGAUUCCAAAGGAAAGGAGGAAAUACCUGCAUGAGUCUCGGCACCGUCAUGCCAUGGCUCGGAAGCGUGGUGAAGGUGGACGAUUUUUCUCCCCCAAGGAAAAGGAUAGUCCUCAUAUGCAGGAUCCAAACCAAGCUGAUGAGGAAGCAAUGACACAGAUCAUCCGAGUGUCCUAACCCCAGGCCAUGUGAUGGAGCUGAUCAAGGUCAUGUUCCUCACUACUGUUCAGGAAAUUGAUCAACUCUCGCGGGACACUGAUGAUCAGUCCGCCCUUUUCUACAGGACAGAAACCACUUAAUUUUUAAUAAGUGGCUCAGUAUUACAAUUGCAGCAGUGUCUGGCAAAUUGAAGUUGAAAGCCUUUCUCUCACCUUUUCCGUCAGGACUGUUUCAGACUGUUGAUGACAUUGACAUUUCAUGAAUGAGGAGGAUGCACGGAGAUACAUGCCAGCCCAGCCAUACUUACAGCACUUAACGUUGACUGGUGAAGCCAGCCAGCCAUCUCACCAGGGGAUAACAACCUCCUCAACCUAGACCGCACUCAGGGAAGCUGCAGUGCACAGCUUUCCAUGGAAUCUGGACAGCAUCCCUCUGGUGGGGAUCACAGGCUGCCUAACUGAAUAGACUCUUUGUAUUCAGAGAUGGCUUCCAGACAAGGAAGUUCUUUCCAUCUUGUGAUAUGGAAACAAUAAAUUCUCUGAGAUACACUCAUCUAAUCUGUGGUAAUAAUAAGAAUCUGUACAGAUGGCAGGUUGAUAUUUUUGGACUCCAGCCAAGAGAAAGCUUCAUUCUGGGGAAAAAAGAAUAGAAGACACUAGCACUAAAAAUAUACAUUGUUGAAUCUCUUUUUAGCUUUGACAAGUUUUAGUCUGCUUGUCCCUCUGUUGACAGGUCAUCUGGACCAUAGUUCUUGCUGUGGCUCCUUUUAAGACAAUUUCAAGGGUACUGGACCUUGAAACUGCCUUUGCUAAGUAAGGAACAAAGCUCUUCAACACCAUCUGUGCUGAGGCACUUGAGGACAUUUGCAGGUACUCCUGCCAGGCUAGAGAUUUUCAAUCAUAGGCCUUGCAGCAGCAUUGGGAAUUUGAAGUUUCAUGUGUGUUUCAGUCUGGAAGGAGAGAGAGUAGUAUGUAUCUCACGUUUUGUUUUAGAGUACGAUUCUCCAGUGGAUGGAUACCUGGGGUUGAUUCUUAAGAUGAGAGAGACUAACUCAUAAUUACAUUAAAACCUUUUAAUACGCACUGAAAGGAAGAAGUAUGAGAUUGGGCUCUGAACAGUUUCUGGAAAGCAGUGUUCGAUUACACUGACCUGCUAGAGUACCAGGAGGAUGUUGGUUUUACUCCUGCUGUGCUUUGUGCUGGCCCCAGAGAGCAUUCUCAUUCUUCCCAUGGCAGCUGAUUCUUUGGUGCCAGUUUCCAUUUCUUUUCUCAUUUCUCCAUAGAUCUUGUGCAGAAAGGUUUUCACAUUGAAUCCAUAUUGUGGGAAUAAUCUGUAGACUAGAAGUAGAUGCCUACGGGGUCAGAACGUGGGCCAUGGUUCCCAGAAUGGGUUGUCCCUCCACAAUCCAUUUCUUUUCUAGAUGUUGAACCCUGAGAGAACUAUGGUAGUGUUUCAGAAGUAUGAGUUGCCUUCUCUGGAAAUGAGGGAAAAGCCAGGAAUUUCGUUGGGAAGAACAUUUGGGAUUGACAUGCUUAGAUGAGUAAAGAAAAGAUACUGAACCUCAGAAGCAAACAUCAGAGAGAGAGAGAUUAUGGUGUCGAUAGAGAUAGAGGUGCACAACUAUGCAAAAGUACACAGGAGGGGAAAUAGCUUCCUCGUGCUGGAAAUUGAGCCCUCUGCCUGGCUCCAGAUGCCAGAGGGGCUGACUCUGUAGAAGUCUAAGGGACAGAGUUCGGAAAGAAAUUUCUCAGACCUAAUUUCUAGUUCUUAAGCCAACAGCAGUUCUAAAAUGCUAUUUAUUUGUGUUUGUAAGUUUGUACAUAAUACCAACGUCAUUGUUGCUGAGUUUUUUUUAUUGGGGGGUUGAAUUUGAAUUUUGUUUGAAGUGAAGUGCUUCAGCUGUCAUUUGUCAUUGCAUUUCAGAUAGCUCAUGACUCUUUUAUUGUAGUCAUCUUAGCACACCAUAAUGGCCCACAAAGUGAAGGCAGGGGGCUGAUGUUUUGAGUCUUUAUUUGUUACUAGUUCUUUUCCUCAUUUGUCCUUGGAACUGUAGUGAUGACCUCACAAAUGCGGAAUGAAUGGGUGAAUAAUUGGUUUAAUGCAUAGUCAUGUCACUUUUUGAGUGCUCUUUUUGCAGGAUAAUUGUAAGUGUAUAUUUUAAUUGCACUGGUACAUUGCCCUAUCAGUGUCUAUGCCACUGGACCAAUAGCAUUUUUUUGCUAUAGGGUGCCUGAUGACGAUGUCUUGAUUUUCCUUUGGGACUCAACUAUCUAGGUUUUUUUCCCCUCAGCAGCAGGGGAGUACUGGUGAUUGAUCAUUGAUGUCAUUGCAAUUGUUAUUUUUUAAAAUA